AUGGAUUCAACAGAAGAUGUAAAUACUAUCACAAAGUAUAUUAUUGUGACUGGGGGAAAUAUGAGCGGGCUGGGAAAAGGAACAGCCAUGAGCAGCAUGGGCGUUCUAUUGUUAACGAAAAAUAUUCUACUGACGACGAUAAAAAUAGAUCCUUACUUAAAUAUAGACGCCGGAACCAUGUCUCCAUAUGAACAUGGAGAAGUAUACGUACUGGAAGAUGGCGGAGAAGUUGACUUAGAUUUAGGAAACUACGAGCGUUUUCUAAACAUAAAAUUGUCGUAUAAAAAUAAUAUAACCUCGGGAAAGGUGUACGAAGAAGUUAUAAAAAAAGAAAGGAAAGGAGAAUAUUUGGGGAAGACUGUUCAGGUUGUACCCCAUGUAACAGAUGCUAUUCAAAAUUGGAUCAAAGGAGUUAUAGAUGACAAUAUAAAAAGAAUGAAAAAAGAAUACAACAUUACAGCUUCAUCAACACCGAAUACUGUGCCAUGCAUUUGUAUGAUAGAAGUAGGUGGAACAGUUGGAGAUAUUGAGUCGGCUGUCUACUUGGAGGCACUUCAACAGUUAAUAAAUAAUUUAAAUUCAGAUGAUGUAUGUCUAUGUCAUUUAUCCUACGUACCAAUUAUGGGUACUUUGAGAGAACAGAAAACCAAACCAACACAACAUAGUGUUAAAAUAUUGAGGGAAGCUGGACUGAAACCAGAUUUCAUAUUUUGUAGAUGUGAAGAACCCCUAACGGAGGAAGCCAUCCAGAAAAUUUCUCUUUUUUCGCAAGUGAAAAAUGAACAUGUCAUAUCUUUACAUGACACGUCGAAUCUGUAUAAAGUUCCUCUAAUACUUGAGCAACAGAAUUUCUCUGCCAAUGUUUUAAAAAAACUUAACCUUCAAAAUACUGUCUUGAAAAACAAAUUGCAAAUAAGCCCGUACUCCUUCAGUACCUGGAAACAUUUGUCAGAUAGAUACGAAUCUUCAAACGAAUCUGUCGUUAUCGGUAUUGUAGGAAAAUACACAGCUUCGAAUGACACCUAUUUAUCCAUCAUUUCUUCUCUCGUGCAUGCGUGCAUAGAAUGUGGAUUCAAGUUAAUUAUCAAAUAUAUCAACAGUAGCCAUUUGUCUUUGAAAAAAAAAAGCAAAAAAAAAAAUAUCGAUCUGAAAAGAAAAGCCAGAAAAUAUGCAUACGACACUUGUUCGGAAAAUAAUACCACACAGAAACAUCUCUUCGUUGAUGAUACAACUUCCGAUGAAGAUUACGAUAAGAAGAGAAAAAUGAAAUACGAGCGUGCAUGGGAUAUUCUCCGAUCCGUGGAUGGUAUACUAGUCCCCGGAGGCUUUGGAACCAGAGGUAUUGAAGGAAAAUAUCUCUCAUCCAAGUAUUGCAGAAUGCAUAAUGUACCUUACUUGGGAAUUUGCCUUGGCAUGCAGACAGCAGUUAUCGAUGUUGCUAGGCAGUAUCUAAAUAAAUACGCAAGUUCAGAAGAAUUCGAAGAUCUAGUUGACGUUCACAACAAUUCGGAUGAUAAAAUGAUUAACAAGAAGAAACGGGAGUUUAACAAAUGCGCAACGGACAACUCUGGGGGCGAGAACGAGUUUACGAAGGUGGCCGAAAAAGAUAUUUUCAGUGGUUCAAGGGAAUCCCGCAAGGGUAGAUCCCACACGGAUGAUGUCUGCUUCGAAAUGAAAAAGGAGAAUCCACAAGUUCGCCCUAAUCUGGACGGUACUAAAAAUAUCCCGCAGAGCAAUUUGCCCCACAAUGAAGACAACGAUAGUGAAACUCACUCGCAGAAGAAGCAUGCAAUAUCGGCAUGCUCCACGAAUGAAGAAAAUUCCAAUAGUAUCGGAUUGGAGGCCAUCGAAGGGGGCGAAAAUGAUCAUAGUGGAAUCGAUGGUCCAAAUAGCAAAAUGGGUAAGGCGAAAAAAGAGUAUUCUGCCAAUUCCCACGUUGAUAUGAUGAAUGGCCAUUCUUCCUCGCCGUGUGACCAAGGGGAAGGGCCCUCUGACAUUGCGGACUUGUUAGCUACGCAAAAGUACAUAGAAGAUAUUCCGAAUAAGAUGGCCGACCCAGAAUUACUGGAGAAAAUAAAAUUAAUGGGCAUAGAAGAUUAUUACAAAAGUAUAGAUGAGAUAGAUAACAACAAUGUUAUCAUCUCCAUGAACGAAUUCAAAGGGGAUGACAAUAAGGGAGGUACCAUGCGUUUAGGGGUGAAACAAUCCAAAGUGAUUGAUAAAGAUUCCCUCACGUACAAAGCGUAUGAUGAAGCGAUGUACAUAUUCGAAAGACAUAGACAUAGGUUCGAAAUAAAUCCAAAAUAUGUUCCACUGUUAGAAUCUGUUGGUCUAAGUUUUGUGGCAAAAGACAUUGACAGUGUCAGAAUGGAGAUCUGUGAAAUGAAGAAAUUAAACUUUUACGUCGGUGUGCAAUUCCACCCCGAAUUUACUUCUCGUCCGUUUAAGGCGAACCCCUUAUUCCUGGCCUUUAUUUUAGCAUCCAAGGGGAAAUUGAAGGAGCGCCUAGACAAGUACGGAAAUAAGUUAUGUUCGGGGAGUCUAUACCGAUAG